UUCUCCUCUGUUAGAGUCAUCAUUGUAAGUCUAUGCCUGGAGAAAGCUAUACUGAGGUUUGCAUCAGUCUUGUAUAAAGAAUGAACCUUACCUUUUUUAAGGUAACGAACGACUCAUUUUCGUCCUUGAUACGUGCACUGAGAAUAUGACGCUCAAAUGAAGAAUUCAGAUGAAACAUCGGCUUUUAUAAGAAGAAAAAAAAAAAGAAGCCGGCCGGAUUCGAUCUCACACCACGCGGAGUGAAAUAUAAUCAAUCCUCCGUGAAUUGUCUGUAGCAUAUGAUAGCCAUGAAGACUGUUAAUCCACCUCAAUCCGCUGUGUCUAAAGAUCUCGAAGAAGAAAAGUGCGAAUGUUGUACCUCACGCCACACAUUCGCCCUGCUAUGUUCUAUUGGAUUGGGCAUCGCCUACUUCCUCCGGUUCAACCUCAGCGUAGCCAUGGUUGCUAUGGUAACCGGAUCCUCGAUUCCCGUCGGUUCAGCCAAUAUGAGUUCACACUCCAAAGAGUGCCCCCGACCUAACGUCUCCAGUGACAACACAACAAUCCCAAACACAGGAGAGUUCGAGUGGAAUCCGAAGACGCAGGGCCUGAUCCUCAGCUCGUUUUUCUACGGCUAUUGUGUCAUGCAGAUCCCCGGUGGUUGGGUGUCGACCCGAUACGGCGCUAAGCUCAUCGUCGGCUUGAGUAUACUCAUCCAGUCCCUGCUGGCUCUACUCACCCCCGUGGCGGCUAGGACCCACAUCGGGCUGAUGAUAGCCGUCAGGGCUGUGGAAGGCUUAGCGGGGGGGGCGCUGUUUCCGUCCGUCCACACGAUGGUAGGCCGAUGGGCGCCAGUCAACGAAAGGAGCAAGAUCAUCGCGUACAUUGGCCUAGGGCCAUACCUCGGGGUGGUGUCCGCAUUUUUUGGUGCUGGCUGGUUGUGUGACCAACCUUUCUUAGGAGGCUGGCCAUCUGCCUUUUACAUUCCCGGUUGUGUGGGGUGUGUUUGGUUCUUAUUCUGGAUGUUCAUCGUGCACAGCUCACCAUCCAAGCAUCCGCGAAUUUCCAAACGAGAGUUACACAUGAUAACAUCUUCUAUCGGCGAGAAUAUCUACGAGAAAAAGCCGGUUCCGUGGGUAGCCAUGUUGACGUGUGCGCCGUUCUGGGCGGUCUGUGUGGCAUUCACGUGCAGCGCGUGGGGAUCUUACACUUUGAUGACGGAACUCCCCUCCUUCAUGAAGGCGGUCAUCGGAGUCAACGUAUCUCAGAGUGGCUUGCUGUCAGCCUUACCCUACGCUGUGUCCAUCGUCUUCACACUCAUGUGGGCAAAUUUAGCCGACUUCCUCAGGAAAAAAGAAUACCUUAGCGUUACCAAAAUCCGAAAACUCAUGAAUACGAUAGCGGCGCUGUGUCCCGCCGCGUUUCUCGUACUGUCCAGUUUUGUGGGUUGUAACCAGUACGUGGUGGCUGGAAUGAUCACCGGGGCUACUUGCUUUCAGGUAGCCGAUGCCGCGGGAUCCAACGCAGUCAUGAUUGACAUGGCGCCCCACUUGGCAGGAUUAAUCAAGUCCGUGUGCAACACGUUCGCCACGCUGACAGGAAUUGUCUCCCCUUACCUCGCCGGCGUGCUCGUCAACGAUGGGGAGACUAAGGAGGAAUGGUCUAAGGUGUUUUACAUCGCCGCUGGCGUGCUUGUUUUUGACGCCGUUUUCUUCCUGAUAUUCGCCUCCGGAGACGUCCAACCAUGGUCAGCGCCUGUCACAGAAAUCGAAGUGACCACAGACGAGUACAGUGAGGCCAGCUCUCAGAAACAGCUCUGGUCCGGCAGUACUACUAUACAGGGAUAA